AUGAUCGCUUUCGCCUACCCAGAAGUUUUUGCUUCCAUCUUCCCAGACCCAAACCAAAACCACCAGCGGUUCACCGCCGAUCAGAAGUCCGUAGUACGACGCUACCAUGCCCUGGUAGUCCCCCACCAGAGUUCAUUUUUACCCGCUGACGCACCAUCUUCUCUAGAACAAACCGAACCAAGUUUGGACCAGCACGCGCCGCCGCACCGAAGCCAACCCUUUGUACGAUGGAUGCACGAAGCCAUUUUUCGCAGAUCCCUGUCGCUCCAAGCUCGCAAAUCAGAUAUCCGAGACGCUUUUGCAAAAGCGCUAUUGCUCGUGAGACGGACGCGGGAGGCAACAACGUCUCUGAUUUUAGUAGCAGUCGAGUGCGCGUCUACUUCCGAAAAAAUGUACACCCGUUUCGCGUUUCGUUUCCAGGUUUCAAAUUGGUACGCACUUUUCUGUUUUGAGCUCAAGCAGUUGAAAUAUGACGAUAAGUGAAACUAGUGGCCGCACCGGUGCCUUGCUUGCGAAUACUAUAAUGCGACAACGCAGCCGUAGCUGGGAGAUAUGCAGAGAUUUUCUCGAGAAUCAUGUACACUAUCACAAAUUGUAUAGCAAUUUUUGUUAGAGUUGUGCAUAGGGAAGGCGUUUUUCGAAAAAGCUUUGAAUCUUGUUUGAUCAGUUCUUGAAGAUUGUUUAAGUCUUAUUUCUGUUCACGCCUGAAGUAAAUCAAAAAAAAAUAUCUCGUCUCACUUGUUCUUUCUUACUCUUACAAAUGUUACCAGUGUCAGAUUGCAACGUUUCUACAAAGCUUUGGUUGUGCACUUGAUGUCAACAGCAUAAAGUGUGACAACUAAGCACUCAAACGAAGUAAGUACGCACUAUUUCUGCAAAAGAACGGCGCCAUCAGCGUUCGCUCGAUUCAACUUCCAGCACUAGAAAUGCAUGUUUGUCUGUCGAUGCACGCCAACAAAAUUGGAACAAAUUAAAUCGCUGCAUGUAUUAACCAGUAAUUUUGUUGUCGACAGUCAGGCACGGAGUCAAAAAUUAGUUGUUUCAGUACCACUUCUGUAGUUCAUCUUGCCGCUUUCGAAGAAUUCAAAAUUAAGACAAUAUGUAUCUUGCUACAAAAAUUCGACCACAUUGAAAAAAGCGUCCUUCUAUUGGAGUUGAGGCGCACAAGAUAUUUGAUCCUGUAGAAAUUUAGUAUUUAUCCGAAUUGUACAUUUGUAUGGUAAGAGAAGGAGCAUGCGCGCCAGAGACAUCACGCUGAACAUCAAACUACUAACAAUUCUUGUAUACCAGCCACAGCAGCAAAUUAAAACUUUGAAUUUCGCCCACC